AUGUUCAAGUGUGCUUCCAAGGCACAGUUGGGGGGAGGCUUGAGGUUCGAUCAAGGAAAGCGGAGCCGUGAGCUCGAACGAGACAGCCGGUUUUUGGUGCGACUGGAAAUGUCGUGGAGCGGUACCUCUGGAUCUGUGGAACGGUGGAACCUAUCAGAAACCGGCGCUGGGGCUCGGUCCGGUAGAAGCUCCAACGGUAGACAACGCCAAAGCGACAGAUUCACCUCCCCGAUGGCGUUCCAGGAGGGGGGGGGCGCCGAAGGCCCGAGAGAUGCUCUGUGA